AGUUAGGUUAUGUUAUUUGAAAUUUUCUUUUUCAUUCGAAUUUCGAAAAAUGUGUCCAAACGAAUCAAGCAGCAAUGUUCCCAAAAUUAUAAUCGCCAGUUAUCUCUGUGUUCGUAUAUAUUUCAUUCGAAUAAUGCCUUUUAAAAGCAAAGUGCUCUAAGAUGGUUGUAGUUUUCAAAUUAAAAAGGCGAUUUUUUGCCUCGAACCGUAUUAUCCUUAUAUUAUUUUUUUCUGUGAUACUAUGUCUUUGGAUCAUCUACAUCACAACUCAGAAAAAUGAUGCAAAUUAUAACUGUGUUUAUCAAGAAGAAAUUGAUGUAGUUUAUACUUGGGUGAAUGGCUCAGAUCCUCUAUUUUUGACAAAUCUCAGAAAUUAUUUGAGAGGUAAAAAUGAAAGCUGUGAUAUUUCCAAACAAAGAUAUGAUGAUAAAUAUGAGCUGAAAUUUUCUUUGAGAUCUCUGGAAAUCUUUGCACCUUGGGUGAACCAUGUUUAUAUUGUAACUAAUGGUCAAAUACCCUCCUGGUUGAACCUAGACUAUGAAAAAAUGACUAUUAUCACUCAUGAAGACAUCUUCAGAGAUUCCUUCAAUUUACCAACAUUUUCAAGUCCAGCUAUUGAAUCCAAUUUACACAGAAUACCAGGGCUAUCAAAAAGAUUCAUUUAUUUCAAUGAUGAUAUGUUUCUGGGGUCUCCAUUGUACCCAGAGGAUUUUUAUUCGCCAGGUAGGGGUUUCCUGGUGUAUUUGGCACACCCUGUACCAAAUUGUUCACCCAGCUGCCCGUGGAUGCACGUUUCUGAUGGCCAAUGUGAUAGGGAAUGCUUUGUUCCUCAGUGUCAAAUGGAUGGAGAAGAUUGUAGGGAAUCCAAUAAAAAUAAAUCCACUCGUCUUCCCAAAGACUCAUCUAUUGAAGACCUCGAGAGUAUCAAGGAAGAAAACGAAACCAAAGCCUUGGUCCUCGCAGAUACCAUCAAAAAAGUGCGUUUAAACUUCUACAAUUCAUUCAUGAAAAAAAUUAGCCCACAACCUUCCACCAUAAAACCGGACACCUUGAAAAACAUUUCCGACAUAGUGAGAAGACACAACAUCCUGGUGAUGAGAAAAGAAAGACUGAGAAGGAAAAUCCGCAGAAAAAACGUCCACAGAUGGGCAAAUCGAAAACCCAGCACCAACAUCGAUGCGUACGGUCACUCUUUGCAGCACACCAACCGCAUGCUGAACCGGAGAUUCGGUUUCAGAACGAGGCACGUUUCUGCGCAUGCCCCCAUUUUGAUCGACAGAGUCAUUAUGGGGGAUUUACAGAGGACCUUUGCCAAAGAGAUCGAGGUUACCGAGAGAAAUAGGGUUAGGAAAGCCGACGAUGUUCAGUUUUCUUUUAGCUACUAUAGUUUCCUACUAGCGGAGACAUUGAACAGAACCGUAGAUGACAUUUUCGAGGAUUUUGAUACCGACCAAUCUGGGACCUGGUCUGAUAGAGAAAUAAGGACAUUAUUGACCAGAAUGUAUGAAUUGCCAUUGAGUUAUGAGGUAGUGGAUCAUUUUGAAAUGAUUUUGCUGAAUUGCUCAGAAGCUGGUGUUUCUCCAGAGACAUCUACCUCUUCAUACGAGAGAUAUAUGAACUCAAGACUGCCUAUGAUUUCAAAAAAUUUCGUUGCAAGGUGUCCAUCAUUGACUGAAAAGCUGCUUCAUCAUUUUGGCCUGAAGCCUAAAUACAAAUAUCAAGUAAUCGACGAUUCAGAAAGUAAAUAUGUUUCUUUCAAAAUGUUGAAUUCAGAUAUAAAUUUUGUUGCUGGCUGUUUGGACGACAUAAGAAGAAAUAGAAGGAGAUUCAUUUGCCUCAAUGACAAUCUUGAUGCAACAAAGGAAGAAGAAAACGAACUUGUCACAUCUCUAUUAUUGGAUUUCUAUCUUUCUCUGUUUCCUCAUCCCAGCAAGUUUGAGCUACCUGAUGACAUCAGAAAUAAGUUUUUGUACGUCAGAGAUUUGAAUGGCUGGAAAACCUACAGAAACAAUAUCAAAAUGUUUAUUUGUUGUGUGAUUAUUUUGAUUCCUUGUUUCACCUUCCAUAGUUUCUGUAAAAGGAGGUUCUGCCAGAUUACUAAUAAAUUGUGUUGUUGAGAAUGUGUUCA